AUCAUCUCCCGUAAGGAUGAGAUGAUGGCCGAAGAGCUUGGAAGGCGUCACAUCAAGCAGAUGAAUCGACAGUGGGAGUCCCUCCUGAGCAGCCAAACCGAUGAAAUGAUUGAAGAAGCAGAAGAGAGUGAUUUAAUGCAGGAGGAGCCGAUUGAGCCAGACCAUGAGCUGGACUUGACGCAGAUGUAUGCUGAGGACGCUGCCUCGGACGCGAUGGAUAGCGAAGGUCCUGAUACGUCUAUGGCCAGCGCUUGCUCCACUGUCCGUCCGGAUGAGCACCACCACAGCUUGCUCGCGAUCCUGCUUGCCCCGCGAGCAGUCUGCCCAGCCUGUCCGGUGGGCACCCUGCAAGCCACCGAGCCUGCCCCACAAGGUGUCCAAUGUGCGCAUUGCCCCUGGGGCAUCGAUGGCGACACUCUUGCCUCCAUUGAUCAACACUUCCUUGAACAUGGUGAAAGAGCUUCUCAUCAACCCGUCAUUGGCUAUAACCCCGAUGUGGGAACAAACUUCGUCUGCUCCAAUCCCGAGUGCGACGAGAUGGUCUUUGUCUAAGAACAUUCCUCCAACAUUCCCUCUUGCUCAUCCCAAAUGACACUUUUUUUUUUCUUUUCUUGUGGUGUUGGUCAGUUCAAGAUUUUGUUUUCUUCAUUUUUUUAUAUAUUCGCGCUGUAGAAGUUGUAUUAGUUUUCCUCUCCCACAGAGUCUUUGUUGCCCUUCAAGCUUGCUUCCUACCCCCCCCCCCCUAUCCAUUUCCCCCUCUUUUCCUCUUGACCAUUCUCUGUCGUAGUAGAAAACGUUAUCUUAACAAUGAAAUUAAAAAGUUGAAGGCGGUUGUCGUCAUGCUAG